CGCGGCGGACCUCGUCCAACGAACCCUAACCCUAGCGCGGGAAAGAGGAAGAAAAAGAAGAAGAGGAGGAGGAGAAGCGGCUCAGCUCCCAAUAUUACCGACAUCAAUCGGUUCGUUAUAGAUACAUGCAAGCGAUUAAAGGAGAGGAAGUCAUACUUAGUUUGGAAUGCUAUAGGUUGUCUUGGUGUGUCUGCCUUUAGUGAUCUUGUGAAAGAGGUGGAUGCCAUUCAGAGAUGUGGAGGACAGAAGACUGCUGAUGAAAGUCGCUUCCGCACUGGUGGCGGCAUUCUAUGGAAUAUCUUGAAAACACGUGAGCCAAAGGCAUACAAGGAAAUAAUGGCAAAGGGGAGAGAGUUUGAGAAACAACUUUUGCAGCCGAAGAAAAGGCAAAAGACAAACACGAACGAAGAAGCAGUCUCGCCAAAUACCAGUGCUCCUGAUCAGGCAACAGAGGAAGAAGUAUUCAAUGGUUCUGAGCGCAUUUCUGAGGUACAAAGUGCACCUGAACUGCCUGAUUCCAUCAAAGGGCGGGUAUCAGUGCAUGAUAGGGUGAGAGUACCGGUCUCCUAUGAUGACUUGUUUGAAGAGGGUGAGAUACAUGAAUGAAUUUUAUCCUUUGAAAUCAAUGUUUUGAGCUGCCAAAAUAUUGGUGUCAAGCAAUCAUUGGUCCAGAUGAAAGUUCUUUUUUGAGAGCGAUGUAAAAAAAAAAUCGACUGUCUUAUGUAUAGAUGGUUUUGUCAUACCCUGAAGUUGAGUUUUAUUAUUAGACUGCAAGAAAGGAGAAUGAAUUGAGUUUUUUACCCCUUUCUAUAUUUGCUUAUUUCCCUCCUGUAGGAUGCAAAAAAUUCACAUUUGACUUAUUUAUUAAGACGAUUUUAAAAAUC